AUGGACCACAACGCCCCCAUCUCCGGCCUCGACGACCUCGACCGGCACCUGGAUGCUCUCUUGGCUCUUCCCAGCAAUGCACCGCCGACGGCGACCCCAGCCUCGGUCCGGUUUGAUCCAGCACUCUUUGACACCGUCGAGCUCCAGCUCACCGAAGGCAACAUUCCUGCCCUCAUACCCCGCCUGCUGCCCAAGAUCGUCGGCGUCCUCCAGAAUCCAGUCGCCGUCGGUUCCGAAGCCAAUGCCGGUGUAUUGUCCUCCAUCGCCAUCAAGCUGCUGGGCCCUGUCUCGUUUGGUGAUGCUCUGACGCUCGCGUCUGAGGCCAACCUGGUCGCCGCUCUUGGCGCAGACGCCGCGCCUGCGACCAACGUGCUGGCCAUGACGGUGGUCCACAAAGCCUCGGGCGGCAGCAACACGGCCAGCCAGCGCCGUGCUGGUGCAGCCGAAGACAUCACCCGUCUCUCGACUAUGAAUGCACUGCUCUCCGCGCUGGUUGUGCGCUGGCUGGCGUCGCCGGCGGUCGAAGUCGGCGAGUGCGGUUCACGUGUGAUUGGCGACCUGCUGGAUGUCGACUGCCCACUGCCACCCGUGCGGUAUACGGCGGCACAGAACGAACCAGGACGGGGAAUCAACGGGUCUCUGAGCGGUAUCGCAACAACGACGAUUGCGCCGCCAUCGCCCCUCCGCACACGACCGGGCCAGGGCCAGUUGUGGAACCGCCUCCUGCACGAUCCAACCUUCUAUCAGGACGUGCUUGUGGCCAUUUGCCGUGGCACCCACCCAGAGACGUCUGGCAACACGCACCAGCAGUCCAUUGCACAGGGGCGUGUCCUGCGGCUCGUACCGCGCUUGGCCGCCCUCAAUUUGGCCGCGGUCGCGACUGGUUCAGAGAGCCUGCUGCAGUUUGUCGCCCUGCAGAUGGUGGACACGUCCGAUGUGCUGAUGCACCUUAGCCUGGUGGACUUCUACGAGACGCUCGUAAGCGUGUUGCGCGUGGCUGCAAUGGCGAGACGCGUGUCGUCGGCCGCAACUGGAAGUGAGGACAGCGGCAACAAUGUCGACUACACCAUUGAGGUUUUGCGAACACUGCUGCGAACGGCCACGGCACAGGAUCCGGAGCUCCUACAGUCCCUUCAGUCAUUGCCGGACCGGACAGUCCCUGAGGAGGCGGAUGAGCUUCGGGACUGGUUGCGGCAAAUACUUCCAGCGUCUGCAACGCGAGUUUCUGGGUGGCAGUAA